AUGCCACGAAGCAGUCGACGAAGGAGCGCUGGUCUCCUCGUGCUCUUUUUCGUGCUCACGCCCUGCGCUUCUGCCGAGCUCCCCUUACUCAUCGCCAAAGAGUUUCUCCCAGGCAUCCGGUCGGACCAACAGGCUUUCCAACUCACCGGCUUGUUGGCGGCAUCCAGUGGAGCCUUCCGGACUCUGAAGCGAAAGGAGAUCCAGGGCGCAUUCGAAGAGAUGCUCGAAAGGAAGGUGGUGCUCCAGGGCGAGGCCCUGCGCCCACCGUGUCUCGAAGACUUCCUGCGGGGCACAUACCAGGAUCAGAGCUCUCGGAUUCACAGCCUCGGAUCGCCCAUCUUCGAAUCGGAGGAUGAGAGGAAGGUCGCUGCGGAUGCCUAUUUGCGAGAGUGUUGGUUCUCGCCAGACCUUUGUUGGGCUGCAGUGGUUCGCUUGGACUACUCCGAGUUGCAGCAAUUGAAGGAGUUGCUCUACUGGCUUGCCUCGGGGACGGCAAAGCUCACGAUUGAACCGACUGGUUCUGCAACGCUGCUCCUGAUUCUUCCGCCCACUUGCACGAUGGAGGAUGCCCUUUUGCAUAUCGGCCCGCAAGUCCUGGAUCUGGGAAACAAUCGUACCGAAGACUACCUCAUUGUGCGGGCGGCUUUGGUUGAAGUGCGACCAGGAGCUUUCGAAUCGCCGCGGUUGCAUUACAACCUCUCCAGGUGGAUCCCAGGAAAGCUUUGGCCUUACCCAGAGGAGGCCGUGGAUGGCUUUGGCCGCGCUUGCGGUUGGGCAGCGGUCGCCAGCAGCGAAGAAAAAGGCUCUGGAGGUUACCGUUUUCACGAGAUUUUUGGGCGCGUGCUUUGCAGCCCGUCUGUCUACUCGGACCCCCAGGAUUUUACCGGAGCUGCUGCCGGCCUGAAGAUCUUUGUGCAGCCGUUGACAAGCUCCUUGAAUGCAGACCGAGCCGUGGUGGCAAGUUUGGUACGCCUGGCGCACAACUUCUCUUGUGAUGCUGGGUUCUUCCCGUGCGACAAGACCAGUUGGGAAGGCGAAUGGUCUGCUUGGCGGCAACAUGCUGGAGAAGUCAUGCUCUUGCAGAAGUUUUUGACCGCCCCUUCGGGAGUCCUGGUGGAGUCAUUCGAAGAAGCAGACCUCGUCGUGGUGCCGGGCUUGUUCCAGUUCGCAAGCUCGCGGCACAUGUUCCAAAAGUUGGUUCGAAGAUGCCCCAGGGACUUUGCCGAGGAACUGGAGCACCUCAACUUUAUGGAUCCGACGCAGACGCCGCACCUCUUCAUUUUCGCGGACCACAUGAACAACCUCAGGGAGAAUGAUCCUGGGGGCCUCGGCUGUUACAUCACCCGGCAUCCCGACAACAUCCUUGUCUCGCUUGGGACGGAGCUGUCGUCGCCAAACCACAUCACAAUGCCACCUGUGGUGACGGAAGCAGAGCUCCACCCCCGGAGCUCAACAGCAGAGAUGACAAGAGAGAACUUUCUCCUGUACUCUGAGAAUCUUGAUUGCUGCCAUCCGGUGCGGAGGCAUUUGUACGAUGUCUUGGUCAGCGACAUGGGCCAGGCCUUCUGCAACUCGCGGUGCAUUGUUGAAACAAUCUCGCCGCGGUCUGCUGUCAAGGCGGCAGGCGGCGUGGAUCAGACGAAGGUGAUGCAGCGUUCAGUUUUUUGCCCGCUGGGCCCAGGGGAAGUUCCCCACCGGUAUAAGUUCUACAAAGCUAUCUUGGCCGGCUGCAUUCCGGUGCUCUUCGACUUUCCGUCGUAUUUCCCAAAGCAGAGGAGUUGGUGGAAAGAGUUCGGAUCUCCUUUCCAACUGUCUCUACCGUUUUUCGAGGUUAUUCCCUACACAGACUUUGUCGUGACAGUACCUUGCACCGACAACUACACACAGUCCUCGCUCGACAUGCUCUGGAAGAUCCGUUCCAUGUCAUCUGAGGACCCCCUCCUGGCACUGCUUCAGGGCUCCGUAGUUCCAUCAUUUCGGUUUCGGGGUUAG